AUGAAGCAAAAAGGGAGGAAACGAAGUGGGCGUCAGAAAGGUUACACAAACGCGAUUGAUAUAUGGUCUCUUGGUGUUUUUGGUAUGGAAUACACAGUCGGACUACCCAGUGCACCAAAACCGUGGGACCAUUCAAGCUGGACUAGGAGAAUCAUCGCACGAGUUGCCAGCCAUCAAGAUAUGCUAGGAGACCUUCUGGCUGGAAUGCUUCACAAGGAACCUCAAGAUCGGCUAUCUGCAUCGUCGCUACUGAGACUUUCAACACAAUAUCCGGCUAACCUUGAGGAAAUUCCAGACGCCAACCACUCUCUCGAAUUCGGCGAUCCAGGGGUAGCAGCAGCCACCAGUCAUCAAUUAUCGACCAUUCAAGAAGAUUCGUUUCCAAACAUCCAACCCGAGGAACAGCUUCUAGACGAUAGACUUGGAACAGCGCCAGGGUGGCUACAAAACCCGCUUUGUGUGGGUUCGGAGCUCGCUGAAUUCGGAGUUGGACUUGGCGAAGCUGGGCAGUUCUCCUUUUCCUUAUCAGAUGAGACUAAUAUCCUGGGGCAAGUCGGAGAGAAUCAGAGUCAUGAAAAGAUGAUGUACCGUGGGAAGUCGGAGAGGAUCGAAGCCAAGAGGAGCUUGUUCGGCAACUGCUUGUUGUAA